AUGAUUUAUUCUAAAAUGAUAGAAAAAGAGGAGGAUCUUCAUUGUAGUUUAAAACAUCAACUUCCUAUUUUAAUGGUUAAUUGUGAUGCAAAUUUAAAGAAGAAUGAAAGACUAUUAUGUCCUGAAUGUAUGGAAAAUUUGGAAUCAAUAGCCUAAUUAAUGAGUUUUAAGAAAAUUAAUUAAUAUAUUCAAGAAAUACAAAACUACAAGAAAGAAUACAUUGAGGAUGUGAUUAAAAUCAACACGAAACAGAUUGAAUAACUCUAAAAAGAAUUUUAGAAAUUAAAAUCAAAUGUUAUUCAAUAAUUAGAUAUUUUAACUGGAAAUAUUGAUGAAUGGAUCAAAAAUGUAUAAAUAAUUGGAUAAGAAAAUGUUACUUAUAGUUUUUUUGAUGAAUUGGAAAAUAUUAUUAGCAAAACAAAGGCCAAUGAUUUCAAUUAGAAUUUAAUAAUUGAUUAAAUUAAUUAAAUCAACUAAACAUGGUAUCAAAAGAUUAUUAUUAAACUAAAUUUUGUUUCAAUAAUUUUAGGAAAAUGAAUUAUGUGAUGAUAUAUUAAAACAACUGGGAAAAUUAGAUUAAAUAAAAGAGAAUAUCCUAAAAUCAGAAAAGCUGUAGAUUUUACAAAAUCAUGAAUAGAAUUAAUUUAAAAAAUAAUAGAUUAUGGAUGAAUAAGUUGAAUUGAAAUUAAUUGAUGAUUCAAAUAAAUAGAGUUCAAAAUGUAAUGCAAUAGUUUUUGAUAGCACUGGAUCAAUAAUGAUUUCAUGUGAUAAAGAAUAGAUAAAAAUUUGGAAUUUAGAUUAAGGAAGAUUUACUAAAUAGAGUUCUUAUACUGCCCAUAAAAGCGAUGUCACAUGUUUAGAAUAUAGCAAAAAUAACAAUAAUUUUAUUUCUGGUUCAUUAGACAAAAAAAUAAUCUGUUGGAAAUAAAUUAACCAAAAGGAGUGGAAGUUUUCAGAACCAUAUGAAUGUGAAAAUAAAAUUUAUUGUUUUAUUUUAAAUAAAUAAGAGGAUCAACUUAUUUUAGGAGGAGUUAAUCUUUAAAUUUAAAUUUGGUAGGUCGAUUUUAUCAAGAACGAGAUGUCAUUUUUGUAUUCCUUAGAUAAACAUGGCAACUCUAUAUUUUCUUUAAGUUUUAAUUAAUAUGAAACUGUAUUGGUAUCGUGUGGAUAUCAUGAAUUUAUUUUAUGGGAAAAAGGCCUAGAGGGAAAAUGGGAGUAUAAAGAUAUCCUUGAAUAGAUUAAGUAUUUAUUGAUAAAUUUAUUAUAAUGCAUAACAUAACAUACAUAAAUUGAAUGUUCUAAGAACGAAAUCUUACUUUUAAUUUCACCUAGUAUAAAAAAAUGAUGGUACAAAUUGCUGGAGAGAAAAUUAUCUUUACUCACGAUUAACAAUUACUAUGGGUACCGUUAGAUUUAUAUAUUAAUGAUCUAUUUGUAUUUGAAUCAUAGAAUGGAGCUUUUUAGUUGAAUUCAAGCAAAACGAUCACUUUAAUUAGGAAUCAUUAAUGUCAGGAUUCUGAUUACUUUCCAAUUCUAUACAAUAAAGAUAGAAACAUUAUAAUGAUAAGACACAAGCAUCAUAUUUAUUUAAUAAGAGAACUGAAUGAUUUAAGAUUGCUGCAAAAUUAAAUAUUUAAUGUCAUGAAAUUUAUGGGACCAUAACCAAUGAUGGAUAAUAUUUAGUUUAUUGGGAUUCAAAAAGUAAACAAUAUUCAGCAUAUGAGAUAUUAUUUAAAUAAAUCAAUAGGGAUCUAAAAAUGA